UGCGGGACCUUGUGUUGCUGCUCUUGAUGAAGAGUUCCGGAAGGAACGAGAGGGAACAACCACCCGCGGCGGGUGAUUCAUUCAUUCAUUUGUUUUGUUCGUAAAAGACUUCGCGAUUUGCAUUAACGGAGUUUAGUUGUUGGAUUUGAGUUUCCUUUUGUUUUUAAAAACUCGCCCUGCCAUGCUUGGAUAAUGAACGAUUGUGAAGUGGAAGUAGUAGUGUCCUUGGAGAUUUUUAACGGAUGCUUUUUAGGAAAAUGGAGUGCCUCCGUUUAGAGUUUCGUGCAGUUGUGGCCUAGCGUUUAUGGAUUCACUAGGGAGUGUGAUAAUAAGCGCCUAACAGUGCCAAGAUUCGCCAAGAGUGUGUUAUUGAAUGCGGAUUAAGAAUAGCAUCGCUUGUGUGCAUCAAGGAUUCCUUGAAUGGUGUAAUUAUGUUGGAAAUUUAACUUCCCAUAAAAUCGUGAUCAUAACGGCGACCUGAAACAAUGAGCUCCAACUCGCCACAUGUGCUGGCGUAAAAUGUAACAAGUCAUCUUUCUUUUUUUAAUAUACGAAGCCCAUCAUUGAGGACUGCUUGAAAGAAAAAAACAAGAAUAAAAAGAAAGAACUCCAAAAAUGGCACCGCGGCGAAGUUCCUUCCAGAAACGAUUGACAUCUAGUGUCAGAACUCAUCAGUGUUUAGUCCUAGCUUUCGCCCUAUUUAUGUCUGUGUCUUGCUCGCUGCCGAGUGACGACGACGAAACGAACUACGUGAAUCUCUUGUUGAGGGACCUAGACAACAGCGGCCUCCAGGAACAGGCCCCCGAGAAGAUCGUCGACGGAAAAGACGCUGUCAAGAGGCACUGGGGCAUAUCCGAUGCAACAGCUGUGGCUGGGAAAGUGUUCAGCUAUCCCAUUCCGGAGGAUGCCUUCACCGGCAAGAUCAAAAGAUACGAAGUGACGGAAGCGGGCGAAUCCACCUUGCCGGAAUGGCUCCUGUACGACGAGGAUUCUCAAACAUUCUCGGGUGUUCCUCUGGCUAAAGAUAUAGGCCAGUAUUAUAUCAGUGUGAAAGCCGUGGGAUACUCUCAAAGUAAAUCUCCUUCCGCUAAAGAUGUCUUUUCUAUUGAAGUAGUCGAGGAUUCACCAGACACAAGAUUCAGUGAUACCGAAGGUUUGUCUGGAUAUUGUGGAUUCGGCGAAAGUCAGACUAUUGCCAAUCUAAACAUUGAUCUCAGUUUGGAGGAAUUAAAUAUAUCUGACAGAAUCAAUGUUCUAAAAAAGUUGUCCAGUUUCCUCAAUAUACCACUGAAAAAAUUCAAACUACUUCCUAAGACUGAUAAAAACUCUUUAGAUCUCAGUGCCAUUCAUGCAGGGCCUGGCAAUGCUAAGACGAAAACAAAAGCUGGAGGUGUCGCCGAAUGGAAAGUCGGUUGUUCCUCUUCCAUUUCGAAUGAGCAAAAGGCUAUGAUAUCCAAACUUGAAAGAGCAGCGGAAGAUGGUAGUUUAUCUAUUGCUAUAGGAUACCCCAUUAUCGGGUGGCAUAUUACAAAUGUUCUUCCUCGAGUGACGCACAGGGACAAGCGACAGAUCGGUAGGGGAACUCCAGUUCCUGGUGUCUUGCCCACGCAGUGGCCAAAAUUUACAGAAAGAGUUGAUGAAUUUGAGAUAACUGAUGACACCUUGACUCCUGAAACGAGAAUUAUACCAACUAUGGCUUCUCCAACCCUUAUGCAGCCUUCACAUCAUCAUAGACAUGGUCAUGGUGAAUUCGGUUUUGAUAGGGGGCAUCAUCGUUUUGUCGAUUCAGCAGUUUUAUUUACAUCGCCAACUUUACAUCAACGUAUGCACACUGCUUACGUUACUCCUAUUGGAGCGACCCCCGUGAUUGUUCCAGACAGACCAACCAAAUAUGUUCCAGUGACGCCUGUCAUCGAUGAACCUUAUCCAAGUCGCUACUUCCCAGAAGAACACACUCCAAUAGUCGAUCUUGCUUCAUCUAUGUUCAUUCCAACUCCAGUUAUUGGAGUUACCGAAACACUUCCUAUUCAGACUUUCGUAUCAUCCGUGGAUGGGGUCAGUUCAGAAAUAAAGCCCACCAAGAGCCAGACUGUUGUAGAGAAGACCAAGAAGCCACCUGGUGUGCCGAACUUCAAGCCUACCAUUGAAAGACGAGUGCAGAAACUGAUGAUGGUAGCUGGAAAGAUUUGGAGAUUCCAGAUUCCUGAAGAUACAUUCUCAGAUUUGGAAGAUGGAAAUACCAGAAAUUUGAAAUUAUUAUUUAUGACUGCUGAGCGCACUGCUGUUCCACCUAUUUCCUGGAUACAGUUUGAUCCCGAGAAACAGAUGCUGUAUGCGUUACCACUUGAUGAACAUAUUGGUAAAUAUGAAUUUAUUUUGGAGGCAAUGGAUAGCGAAGGAGCCUCAACUAAUGACAGAUUGGACAUAUAUGUCCGGCAACAUCAAUCUGCUCGAGCUAAACAUCAUGAGUUCGCAGUUUCAUUGAAAUAUAAUAAAUGGCAAUAUCCAAUAACUAUAGAUUGGAAUAUUGAAUUUGCUAAAAGGCUUUCACGCUACUAUGGAGAUAGGAAUGAAAGCAAUAUUGCAGUUCAGUCUGUAGUUACAGAACCAGUUACUACUUUUACAUGGUCAAAUGAUUCUCUCGCACCAUAUCCUUGUCCAAACGAAGAAAUCGCUAAAUUAACUAAUAAAUUAAUUGAUGAAAAAAGUGAAGUGUCAGUAGCUUUUAGGAAAGCCAUGGGCUCUGAAUUUAACAUCAUCGAUGCUAGCGUGAACUUCCUUGGGGUAUGCCACAGUCCAGCUUCUACAACAUCAUCCACCCACUCCAACUUCCCACCAAUGCUUCGCAAUCCUAUCGAAAAAAUCAAUACUACAGUUGGUGAAAUUUUGCGCUUCAAAAUACCAGAUGAUACCUUUUAUGAUUUCGAAGAUGGAAGUACUCGUUAUCUCACUCUUACUUUCUUAACCAUUGAAAAUGUGCGUCCUCCCAAAUCUUCCUGGGUUCAGUUUGAUCCCAAAUCUCAAGAACUAUACGGUUUACCUUUUGAUGGGGAUGCUGGAAGACAUGAAUUUCAAUUGAUGGCAAUUGACAGCAACUCAUUGCAGAUAAAUGACGUUUUUAUUAUUGAAGUUCAUCCACGUCCUCCUAAGAAGUGGAAUGUUGAAUUCAGCCUUCAUAUUGACCACGACUAUGAAGAAUUUAGCAAAGAUAUUAGCAAAAAGGUGUUGGUUGCAUGGAAAUUAGCCAAACUUUAUGAUGAUCCAGAUCCUCGUUAUAUAACAAUAGGUUCAAUUAGUAAAGGUUCAGUUGUGUAUGCCUGGACCAACAACACUCUACCUCAUGAUCCUUGUCCGAAAAGGACAAUCGACAAACUAGUCAAGAAUAUAAUAAACGAAGAUGGAACAUUGUCAUCAAAACUGACUGAGGCAAUGCUGCCAGAAUUCAAAAUAAUUAAAGCUGAUGCCAUGCCUCUAGGUAUCUGCCUUGGCGAAGUGACACCAACUUCUGUUACCAUUGCUCCACCUCCAGCUACCCAAAGAGCUGAACCUGCUGCUACAACAGAUGACGACAUAUACAUCACCACUAUAAUUCCAGCUGUGGUUAUUGCAGUAAUGCUGAUCAUCGCAGCCCUUGUUGCUUGUUUCCUUUACAGAAAGAAGCGAAAAGGCAAGCUUGUCAUGCAAGACAACAAUACCUUCAUUGGGAAUAGGGCCCCUGUUAUUUUCGGAGAUGAAAUGGAAGAAAAGCCUGAUCCUGCCAAGCCUCCUGUCAUAAUGCGAGAAGAGAAACCUCCAUUGGCCCCACCAGACUACUUACGUUCAUCUGCCAGCAGUAGGGAUUCAACACCUCAUCUUGACCGUGUAGAACAAGCCAACAUUAGAAACACAAAUGCCGACCUUCAUAUAGAUCCUUCUCCACCAUAUCAGCCACCACCUCCGUUCACCACAAAUAGAGACAAUAAGAAUUCUCGAAAUAAAGGCACACCAACCUACAGGCAACCUCCACCAUACAUGCCGCCUGUGCCUCCUUAAAAAGAAUUAUUUUUAAGGCUUGCAGAGUGGGCAUAACUGUGCCUUCGCCUGCCAAAGAAAGACUACUCAUAUGUACUCUACUUUAAUGUUGCAUUCAUGUUUGUUCAAUGCCUGCUCUUCUCUUCCGCUGUGAAAAAGAGCUUCUAAGAAAAAACAAGAUGAAUAUCUGAUACUGAAUUUUAUGUUAAGAAUGUUUUUUUUAAUUGCCUUGGAUAUGUAAAGCUGUGGAUGUGCAGCAGAUACCUUCGAUUUAUUGAUGUUUUUUGUGUCUCAAAACGCAGGAGACGUUAGUGUUUUUAUUCUGCUUGUAAGGUUUGACAAUUCUUUAUUAAUGUAUGCUCAUUUUAUAUGUAUGUGUUGCAUGAAAUUCUAUAUCGAAUCGUGACAAAGUUAAUUUAUAAAACACUGCAGAGAUAAUUGUGUCUAAUCAUAUAGCUGUUUUAUCAAACUCCUAUUAGUCAUAUUUUGCAUUUUUAUUUUAUUUUAUUUUAUUUUAUGGUAGAUAACUUUAACUACAUCCUUUCUUUGAAUAUGUAUCUUUAAAAAAAAUUUUUUUUCUUUUCUUUUUUUGUUGAUAUUUUCUAAAUUUCAUAAUUAUAUGUUUCGUAUCCAUAAUAAUUGGAACUUUUUAUUGAUAAGAACAAUUCGAAUUUCGUUUUUAAUUCUCUAGAACUGUAGAGAUCUUUUAUGUAAAAAAAAAAUAAAAAUAAAAAAAAAUUCUGUACAACUUUGUUUUUGAAGAGUACUCGAAAUUUGUUUUUCAUAAAUUGAAUGUGAAAAUUCCAGACUAUUUCUGCAGACUUUAUUUUCUUUGAUGAAUAGAAAACUCUAUUCUCAGUUCCCUUAGUCCUAGUAUAAAAUGUGCUUUUAACUUAUUUCAGUAACAUAUUUCUUAUAUAAAAAGUUUAUUGUAUUUUCUCAAUGUGUAUCAUUUCACUAUUCUAAUUUUUUUUUUUUUUUUUUUUUUUCCUUUUUUUAUUAAGUUUCAUUUGUUGAAGAAAAAUUUCGGUACUUGUACGGUCCCAUGACUUAUUUGGCGAUUUAAAGAUUAGCCAAGCUCCCAUAUGCAUAUUGUAACCAUCUUGGCGAUAUAUUUCGGUUGCUUGGCAGUAAAAUUUGGAAGAGCUAAAAACAAGUACCCAAAUUUCAGUUCUCGAAAAUUACUUUUAAUCGUCCAAGACAGUGUUGUAAUUUACUUAUAUGCACUUUUUAUUUUGUAUAGAAAUAUGUGCAACAAAAUAUUUAAACUUGCAUUAAAUUCAAGAAAUUCUUUGCUGUUAAAUUUCCAAUUAGAAAUGUUUACUGUGCUUGCUCCUAAACCAAGUUUAUUUGAAAAUAAUUUUUAAUAAAAGUACUUAAUAUAUAUCUAAAUGUGAUAUUUCCUAAAUUAAUCAUCAUUAAAAAAUUAAACUCUUUUUAAGAUAGGAAGGAGUACGUACUUGAAAAACAAACUUCACAGGCUUUUAAAACUAUAUAUCUUGUCUAAAUAGAAGUAUCAACAAAUCAUCAUCUAAUGCUAUCAAAAUUCAUACGAAAACUGUUACUUAAUUCGUUACAUCUAUUUUAAAUAAAUUUGUUUCCAUAUUUAGAAAUGUUAAACAUUUUGACAACAGAAAUUUUUUAAAAAAUCUCCUCUUAGAGAUUAUUUUUAAAAAAACUCAAUAAAGUAUUAUUUGAACAAUUAAAGAUAAAAAAAAAUUUUAGUAAAGAUAAAAUAAUUUUAGUAAACCUAUAUCUCAAAUAAACUAAUAAAUUAUCAUUAAAUCGGUAAAAAUUAAAAAUAUCUAUAGAAUAAAAUAUUAAAUAUAAAUCAUUUGCAUUUAAUUUUAAGAAUUAUAUUAAUCAGCAGUUAACCUCCAAAAGACAUUUUGUGAAAGGGAUACGAUUAAUAAAAAGAACUUAAAAACUAAUUUUGUUUUAAAAAUAUUUUAUUUUAAUUUUGCUUUUUUGUCUUAAAGUACUAUUUUGAUUUUUAUUGAUCUUUAGUUGUCAUGUGUACUUAAAGUUUUAAUUUUUAGAAUUACAAAAUCAAAACAAACAUAUUUCAUGUAAAGAUUAGUUUGAAAAUGUUGACAAAAAAAAUCAAAUUUUUAUUUCUUAAACAGCUGCUGUCAGAGGAAAAGCAAAAAAUUAAAAAUGUUAUUAUAUCAAAACCGAGCUAAAUACUAAAAUUUCAGUAAUAUAUAUAUUUUUUUUGUUUAUAAAAAAUGAUCAUAAAUUAUAAUUCUAAAACUGACACAAGAUUAUCGUACUCAUCUUAAUACACAAGAGUUGAUAUUUUUUACAGGGUUUCCAAGACGAUUAGUGAUAAAGAUUUGUGAAAACAUACUUGUUCGUAGCAUGAAAACUUAGUUUUUAUAGAAUGGGGAAAAAGCUGAAAUUUUCAUAUUUGCACUUUUUUAUAGAUAAUAUUGCCUUAUUUCUAAUACAGUUACUUUUUUCAAUGUACUGAGUAGAGCACUUAAUAUGAAACCAUAUUACAUAAUUAAUUGCUAUUCUAAAACUUUUUAAUUAAAAAAAAAUAGAUAUGUUUCCCUCUUCAUCAAAUUGUAAAAGAUAAAUCAAUAUCUUUUGAAAAGAACAUGGGAAUUGUUUAAGACUAAUUUUCUGUUAUAGAAUAUUCCUUUAUUUAACUGUACUUAAGUGUGAAUGUCAUGUGUUAUUCCUAUUGUUAGCAUCAUUGUAAGAAAUUAAUUUUCACUAAUGUGAAGGAAACUUAACUUUUAUUUUUAUUAAAAAGUUUUUUUCAAACAAUUCCUCAUUUCAAUGCUAUGAUUUUUUCUUAUAAUUAUUCACAAUUCAAAAUUUAUGAUAAUUAAUUUAUUUUUAAUAGCAGCGUGUAUAAAAACUUACUUACAUCCUGCAAUCAAUGUAUUGAUUAGUAAUUUUAGUUAACAGAUUUUUGAAUGCUGUCUUUAAUAAUAUUAUUGUAAAUUGUUUACAUUUAGUUUGCAUUCUUAAUCUGAACGCUGUUAAGCUGUUAUCUGUUUCAUGUGUAUUGUAUGUGUUAAACUUGCAACAAUAUUAUUAUUUGUAUAUGCCAGUUUUGCUAUACCUGUUUUAUGAUGAAAAUGUUUUGAUAUAAUGUGUCUUGCUUCCUAAAUUUACAAUUUUCAUGUAUUUGUGUUGAAUGUUAUCAGUGUUUGUAAAAACACCUUAUGUAGAAGCAAUUCUUCAUCUACAGUAAUGUAAAUAUUUGUAUAGGCAGCUUUUAUAAAUUCUACAUAUCCCAAUUAUUGAUUAAGAAGACUGAAAACUGUCAAAACAAAUGUUGUUGGCAUAUCACUGAAUUGAUUUCUUUUAUUUACAAUAAUCUUAAAUCUUACUAAGGAAUAAUAUUCUGCUAAUGAGCAUUUUAAAUGUUAUAUCUCAUUUUAUUUGAGAAUAAAAUAUAUAUAUAUAUUAUUUUUAAAAAAAAUGUAUUCCCAAAACAUAUCUUUUUUUAGGCUUAAAAUAAAUGGAUAUUUACUCACGUUUUGAUGUAUUGUUUAUUCCUCUUCUUGAAUCCUAUGUCUGUCUAAUUUUUUUCUUAGCCUCUCAAAAUAACUAAUUUUAUGUAACAAAUACAUUUUAAAUUUGUUUCUUGAAAUGUGUGUGUAGUAAACUUUUGUGUAUGCAUAUCACAAUGUGUGCUUAUGUGCUUGUACCAUAUAAUUGAUAUCUCUGAUAUUUUAGUUUCAUGUCAAAUUAUAGCCAAUUUCGACGUUUAUCAUUUAUUUAAACUGUCAUUUAUUUUGUGCUAUUGUGAAGAAAAUUGAUUGCAUGUUCUGUUACAAUAAUUACAUUUGUAAAGAAAAAUAAAUAUGUUUGAAUGAUGUUCAAUAAUUUAUUACUCGUACAUGGAUGUAAUAAAUAUGAACCUGUUUUGCAAAAUCAGUAAUGCAAUGAUGUGAACGAUUUACAUUAGAACAUUAUAGAUUUAAAAACAGAGAAUUAGAUUUUUAAGUAAGAAAAUUUUUGUUUUCAUUUCUAAUUGUGGUUGUUAAGAAGUUUCAACAAAGUGACCUAAGUCAGUGCUAUAGUGUUAAUAAUAAAAGUUUUUUUCAAUUAA